GUCUUCUGUAUAUACCCUGUAGAUCCGAAUUUGUGUAAGGAAUUUUGUGGUCACAAAUUCGUAUCUAGGGGAAUAUGUAGUUGACAUAAACACUCCGCUCUUUAUUUUUUUUCCAGAAGAAAAAUAGCUUAUUUUCUAAAUGAGGACAAUCCAGUGACUGGCUUCAAGAAGACUCCUUCCUGUUCUUUUUUUUUCUCCCCCUCCCUCAACUGGUUAGGGAGAAAUCUCAUCUACCUGAGGUGUCCUCCAUGCCUGCCCUUAGAAGCUUGGGUCCUUGUUCACUUAAGCGUUUAAUAUUGCUGGUGUUUUAAAAUUUAUCCUUAAGUGCAAACCUACUCAUUUUCUCUUAUGGGUCUAGGGGGCUUUAUUGGAAAUCAUGGGGGGGGUGCGAGAGUAAUGUUGUCUACAGUGUGCAAAGGCAAAGGAAAUUUGCUUUUCAAACGGAUGCGGAGGUCGCUAUUUCAUUGGGUUCAGGACAAGAUGCCCUGAAAAUAAGAGGUUGCCAUGGGUGUCCUUGUGUGUGUUUCGUUGGUGGGGUGUCACAGAGAGGGCUCCUUUCCCUAGAUCACAAAGAUGUGGAUUUUCCCUCGGCCACACAGGCAGAGGCGGCAGCUUGAGCGGCAAUUAGAACUCUUGGCGCCAAGGUUAGCAUUGCUUCGAUGAAUUUGGAAUUAGCAAAUGACUACUCAAUUUGUUUUCGAAACUUGCAGGUUUUGUUUUAUUCCAGCUUCUAUCUUUAGUGCGGGGAGUCAAGACGUUUCUCCGAGCUUGGGCCUCGUGGGUCAAAGGGAGGGAGUGGUUAGGAGAAGAGGACAGACUGACGGACACAUUGAAGCUAAUAGUGCAGCUAAAUGCGAUUUGGAAGGCGAAGUCUCCCCGAAUUAGUGCGUGAAUUUCCUAUCGAUCCGCCCGCGGUUCCAUUCAUCUCUGACAAGUCCCUCCGCGCACCCGCCCUCUAGCUCCCGACGCCUCCUCACUCACCUCCUACCCCUCCCCAUCUGCCCGCAGUGAGAUGCCCCAAGCUCAGCGCCCCUCUAACCUAGUGGGUGCCCCUUUCAAGAAGAAGCCCCCUGGCCCGCCAGUCACUUAACUUCCCACGCAGACACCCGGUCGGUGCGUGAGCUCCCACUCACCCUGGGGAGGAGAUGGGGCCCUAUGGAAGAAAGAGAACGAUUGACGGAGGAGAGGUAGGGCAGGGGGGCUACACCCGGAGCCCCAACUUCUGAGAGGAUGCAGGGAUUGUGUUCUGCCACCCCCAAACAGGCCUUGCAGUCUUAACCUGUUCACUAGCUCUCAGUCUCUCUCCGCUGCCGAGAAAGCCAGGCAAGGAGGGGGUCGCCCCGCAGGAGCCCUAUGUAAAUCCUGGUGUUGGGUGGGUGGGGAGAGGGAGAGAAGGGGAAAUAAACCUCUUUGGCUGGAGUAGGGUCCGGGUGAGCAGAUUUCCUUAUCCGGGAAUCGCAGGCCGGGUGGCCAUUGGCUCGGAGGAUCACGUGGGCCCCUAACUUUGUUCACUUGACAGUAAGUAGGAGGGCUUUCGGAAACAGGAAAACGAGUCAGGGGUCGGAAUAAAUUUUAGUAUAUUUUGUGGGCAAUUCCCAGAAAUUAAUGGCUAUGAGUUCCUUUUUGAUCAACUCAAACUAUGUCGACCCCAAGUUCCCUCCGUGCGAGGAGUAUUCACAGAGCGAUUACCUACCCAGCGACCACUCGCCUGGGUACUACGCCGGCGGCCAGAGGCGAGAGAGCGGCUUCCAGCCCGAGGCGGCCUUCGGGCGCCGUGCGCCGUGCACCGUGCAGCGCUACGCGGCCUGCCGAGACCCCGGGCCCCCGCCACCUCCGCCGCCCCCGCCGCCCCCGCCACCUCCCGGGCUGUCCCCUCGGGCUCCCGUGCAGCCGCCAGCCGGGGCCCUCCUCCCGGAGCCUGGGCAGCGCUGCGAGGCGGUCAGCAGCAGUCCCCCGCCGCCUCCCUGCGCCCAGAACCCCCUGCAUCCCAGCCCGUCCCACUCCGCGUGCAAAGAGCCCGUCGUCUACCCCUGGAUGCGCAAAGUUCACGUGAGCACGGUAAACCCCAAUUAUUCCGGCGGGGAGCCCAAGCGCUCUCGGACCGCCUACACUCGUCAGCAAGUCCUCGAACUGGAGAAGGAGUUUCACUACAAUCGCUACCUGACGCGGCGCCGGAGGGUGGAGAUCGCCCACGCGCUCUGCCUGUCCGAGCGCCAGAUCAAGAUCUGGUUCCAGAAUCGACGCAUGAAGUGGAAAAAAGACCACAAGUUGCCCAAUACCAAGAUCCGCUCGGGUGGCACCGCGGGCACAGCCGGAGGACCCCCUGGCCGGCCUAAUGGAGGCCCCCCCCACACUCUAGUGCUCCCCCAAGCAGGAGCUCGAACCUGGGGGGGCGGGGGGCCGUGAGCACCGAAGGGGAAUGCGGGGUAUGGGAGGGUCCCUAGGCUUGAGCCCAGAAAAACCUAUCUACCCUACCCCCACUUUAUCUAUAAGGAAUAAACGCAGAGAAGGGGGGCGGGUAGGGAAGCCUUAUUUAUAGAAACGACAAUAGGGAGCCCAGUGAAGCCCCCCGGAAGCAAGUCUCUUGCUUUCUUCCUUUAAAAAAAAGAAAGAAGGAAAAGAAGAAGGAAGAAAGGAAAAGACAGAAAGAGAAAUGGAGGAGGCUGCUGCGCCUGGUUUUCAGCUUUGGUGAAGAUGGAUCCACGGUUCAUCUUUAAUCAUGCCAGGCCCGGGCCCAUCUGUCUUGUUUACUCUGCCGAGGAGAGGACGAGCCUCGGUGGCGACCAUUACCUCGACACUCGCUAACAAAUGAGGCCGGGCUCGGCCGCUGCUGCCGCUUCUGCUGCUGCCGCUGCUGGACCGCAGCCUGGAUUUUCUUUCUUUGUCCCUUAUUCCUGACACCCAGCGAAUGCACCCUCUGACUGCCAGAUAGCACAGUGUUUUGGCCACGGUAACAAACACACACACAACUUCCCUCCCUGUCGGUGCCCACCUUGGGGUGGGGGGAUGACUGCUCACCCCCUUCCACCAUAGGCUUAGAAGGGGAAACAGAAGGGAAGCAAGGGGCGGUCUUCACAACGUGGGUUCCGGAAUCUGAACCCAAGAAAUAUAAAAAAAGAGAUUUAGACACCCAGGAGGGCCUUCUGCUAGAAGGUCUAGCCAGGCCUGGCAGGGAGGGGGGCAGUUGAGUUCUGGGAGCUGGGAAUGUCUUCUGACCAAUCCACAGUUCCUCAGCAGAGGCCUUCUCUUAGACUACAUAUGAAUGUGAAAUUAGGAAAUAAAAUUCUGUGGCCCUCCUACUCUGGAAGGACUAUGUUGCAGAGCCUUCUCCCGUUGUUAUCACUGUUGCAUCGUUUAUUAUUAUUAUUAAUAUUAAUAAUAUUAUUAUUAUUUUAUGUCAUGUGUGUCCUCUCUCCUGUUAUCUUUGUGACAUUCCAAACCAGGCCCCUUCCUACCUCUGGGGCUGCCUGAGCCUAGAGCCUUUCAUUGGUGUGAAAAUUUGUGUCCUGUACAGAGUGACAACAGAAAUAAAUGUUUGGUUUCUUGUGACCAUCA